ACAAAGUGUAUGCAAACAAUAAUACAUCAAUAAUGAAAAUGAAUGGUAUUUGCUUUUCAGAUAUUGGGCUGUUACUAAUGUUGAUUAUAUACACACGAGAAACGGUCGAAGAAUAGUGGGCAUGAUUAUUGUGGUGUGGUUUGUAGCACUAGUCGUUUCAUUAGCCCCACAGUUUGGCUGGAAAGACCCGGAUUACCUAGACCGUAUUAAUAUCCAACAGCGAUGUAUGGUCAGUCAAGACAUUGGCUAUCAGAUAUUUGCCACAUGUUCAACGUUUUACUUGCCUCUACUGGUCAUCCUGUUUCUUUAUUGGAAGAUAUUUAAGAUAGCCAGGAGAAGGAUUCGCAGAAGAAGAGCUCAAAGAAACGCAAUGCUAGAACAUUCGAGGUUGAAAAAGCCGGCGGACGACGCGGCCGCCUCGGCCGAGCCCAAAAAAUGCGAGUUUCUUCCGGAAG